UGCGAGGUGCGACCUCCUUCCCCGCACCCAUCAAAUCAGCUCCAUCACGAGUGGCUGCACACAAAUAGAAAGCGGGUCUUAUUCUUGUGCCACCCUCCUCCUGUCCCUCCUCCUCAUCAUCUCCUCCCCACCCCGCUUCGUCCAUCUCUCGACCAACCAACCAAACCAACCAAGCCAAACCCACUCCACAAUCAUCACCGAAUUCUCUCGUUUGGUCGUUUCCGUUCCCGUUCCCCUUCCCCGCGAAAGCUAGUAUAGCUUGAGCUUAUCCAGCACCGCCAUGUUCCGCCGGCAGCUCGUCGUCGCGGCCGCUGGGCGCCGCGCACUCUCGACCACCGCCGCGCUCAAUGCGCAGCGGAUCCCUACUCUCGGCGACGUAACGCACUCACCGCAGAACAGCGCGGCGUUCCGCGAGCGGCUCAAGGCGUACCGGGAGCAGCUUUCAGCGCAAAAGAAGGCUGCUGCGGCGGCGGCGGGCGCCAACGUCGAGCACCACAAGGGCGGCAUCGUCAAGUCGAUCCUGUACGGCUCGGAGAAGGGCCAGCGCGAGGAGGCGGAGAUGGAGCAGUCGUACUCGACAGUCCUUGCUAGGGGGAAAUAUGUCCACGCCAUCGAGUUCCACCAUGUCAAGCCGGAUAGACACAGCGAGUAUGUAGAGCUCGUCGGAAAUACCUACCCAGAGAUCGCUGCGGAUAAGGCGAACAAUUGCCAUCUGGUCGGCAGCUGGAAGACCGAGAUUGGCGAUGGCGAUACUUUCGUCCACAUCUGGGAAUACCAAGGCUAUGCAGGUUACCACAACACGCUCCACAACCUCGCCACGAACACGCCCGCCUACGCAAAGUUCUCGCAAUUGCUGCCCUCGUACCUAACCGGCCGACGCACGGACCUAAUGCAAGAAUUCUCGUUCUGGCCUACGUCUCCACCCCGCAACCUCGGCGGCGUCUUCGAGCUGCGCAGCUACACGCUCAACCCAGGCAACCUCCUGGAGUGGGAGACGCACUGGCGGGCGGGGCUGCAGGCGCGCCGGAACGUGAUGGAGGGCGUCGGCGCGUGGUUCACACAGGUCGGUGCGCUGAACUCGGUCCACUACCUUUGGCAGUUCCAGGAUCUCAGGGAGAGGCAGGUUGCCAGGGAAAAGAGCUGGGGCGAGAAGGGCUGGAGCCAGACGGUCCAUAAGACUAUUCCGCUUAUUCAGAGGAUGGAGUCGAGGAUUCUGGUGCCGCUGCCGUGGAGUCCUGUUAGCUAGUCGGAUGGAUUGCGCGAUGUGAUGAGCGGAUAAGACGAGGGGGAGUCUGUUUUUUGUGGCUUUGAU